UAACAAUAGAAAAGUUCUUCGGCACACCACUUCCAUACUUCUAUAGAGUGCUUCAAUUCCUCAGCUGCUCCCAUGUACUUUACAAAGAUAUUCUGGUCAUUUGCACCCACCAACACCGCAAACAUUUCAGUAUAAGGAACUUACGCUGCAAUCAACAUCAGUCAUAGUCUCGCUGCUGCUCUCGGAUUUCUCCGAUUCUGACUCUUGAGCCUUCGGAUCUAGAGAUCCUUCAGAACUCAAGCUUUGGAGACCGUACACCCCCCACUUGUCGCUAUGGGAGCCUCAGAGUCCAAAGCCCAGGUAACCCCUUCCCGUCCUCUGCGUAAUCACCUGCUGUCUCGUGUGAAUGAUCCCCGCUCCCCAACCAGCGGGAUUCCCAGGACUCCUAUUGAGGUGGGGGAGUCUCCCCGGAACACCCCUCAGACUGCUCACGAGGAGGAGGAGGAGAUAUUUGAGGAGGAGAUUCUUGAUACUCCAGAGAUCUCAGACCCUCGUUCCCCAACCAAUGGUAUCACACGCACCCCCCUCAGACCCCCCAUGCAUGCUGUUCUGAACAACCUGGCAAAGCAGUUAAGUGAAGUGUUUGUGGCAGAGGAUUCUGUGGCUGAAGGCGGCCCGUUGAGCCCCACUGGUCAUGAAGCUGCUUAUCUUGAGAGGCAAGUAGGACAGGAGUCCCAAAUGAGUCAGGAGGCAUGUGUGGGGGAGAAGAAUGUGAAUGGUGAAGAAGUGGAUCCAGUGGCAGAAAUGGCAGAAACUCAGAAUGCUCAAGAGGUGGUCUCAGAAGUAGAAAAGGUGGUGACUCCAAAUGAUCAGGAGGAGAGUCUGAUAGCUGAGAAGGCAGAGACUGUGAAUGAUCAGGAAUCCAUUCCGGUGGCCCAAGCUGUGGUAUCCACUGAACCUAUACAGGGUUCUGGACAACAGCAGAGGAUACGAGGAAAAUCUCCACGUUCAUCGGGUGUAAAGAAUGUCCGUCAGCGACCAAGAAAAUCUUUGCUGUCCUCGUCAUCUGGCCGAUCUCCUCUCCGGAUCCUACAAGAGGAUAACUCGCCCAACACUACUGCGCAACACAGACAGGGUAAGAAGUUGUCCUACCAGACGGAGCCUGCGCUGCCCCAUCGAGCGCUUAAAAUCUCACACGGUAACUGGGAGUCAUCGCUCAACAAAGAGAACGCUGAGUAUGGGCACAGCACCAGCUGAGUGAUUCUAAAGCGGAAAUAAUCUGCUACUUAUUAAUUCCAGCUGCUUAUGUGUAUAAGGAGACAGGCAGCUGUACAGAGGAGUGCGCUGAGCUCACUAUUAUCCCUGCUUACUAAAGGCAAGGGAAUCCUUGUGACAAACCCUAUAUUUCUGAUGAAACGGUGCCGUUACUUGGCCAUUAUUAAGGACUUGCUGCUGUGGCCCCUCUCCUGGGUGUAAAGAAGUUACAUCUGUAAAUUCUUACACAAUUUGUGUAAAUAUUCUGUGUGUUUGUAUCUGUGCAGUUCUCUCUAUGUGACAUUAAUAAAUAGAAUUUUACUUGUUUGUCAUUA